UAUUGUCGCCAUGCAAGCAUUACUAAUACGCAUUCGCUUCUCGUUCGUUCCGCGAAAGAAGUGACAGGUGACAGUUUUCUGUCAUUUUUGCUUCGCUCCGAUUUUUAGCAUAAUUAUGAGAUGCUACUUUAAAUCGUAUAAAAAUGUGCAAACGGGUGUAAAAUAAUAUGUGCCUUUCAGGCGCAUUAAUAGAAAUAUUGUUCUACGCUUAUGAUAUGUGUGAUGAAACGAUGGAACUGAAAACAAAAAUGAUUUUACAUUAGUUUACAUUUUCCACACUCAUGACAGAUGAGAAAUCUCAAUAUUAUCAAAAUAUAGAAAAUUUUAUCGAUCAAUAUGUAAGUUAAGUAAUGGCACCUGCAAAAGACAAAUGGAUUAAACGUUUUAUAAUUACGGAAACAAGGCGGCAUAAGAAGGGCUUCACAAUUUACAAAAUUACAUCUAUGGUAUUUCUGAAAUCUUCUCACGAAGAAUUGUCAAAGGUAUCUGUAUGGAAACGUUACAAUGAUUUCAAAAAGCUUCACUCAGAGCUCAGUAGUUUGCACAAGCGUUUAGGAAUAAAAGAAGCCUUUCCAACUUUUCCCAAAUCAAAAUAUUUCGGCAGAUUUGAGGCCGAAGUUGUAGAAGAAAGAAAGAGAUACAUUUUGAAAUUUUUGGAAUUUGUAGGACGACAUUCGUACUUAUACUCAAGCGAUACUUUUAUAACAUUCUUUGAAACUAGUCAUGCGGAUAAUUAUGCUAGCUAUUGCGCGCAUUCCUUAUGCUCCGAUACAUCGGAGGAUGAUCUCAUCGCCCCUUUGAAUGAUUCUGCAUUUGCAAAUGAUACUACAGCACAAAACAAUCUUCAAGUGCUAUCAAAAACAUCUCGCAAUGUUUUGUCAAAUCCGUGUUCCGCAUUGCCAAAUAUUAAUUAUACCAACGAGAACGAAUUCGCAUCAUCUCAAAGAAAGAACGAAUCUCUUAGCGCUAUCAAUUUACAGAUUGUAAAUGUGAAAAAGGAAGAACAAAGUUAUAAAACGGAAAAGUCGCAUGCGCAAAAUACUAUUAGAAGAGAUUGCGAUGCAGAUAUUAGAAAUAAAAACUUUGACGAAAACAAUGUAACAACACUAAGCAAUGUGUCAGGAUUCUAUAAUGUCAACAAUAAUAUUAAAGAUUUUUCGAAUUGUAAUACGCGUUCCACGUGUUCAAUAUUACAGGAAAAAGUGAAUACUUCAUAUCAGACACAGACGGAUUUUACGCAAUAUCUGUUAGUAGCUGCUGCUCAUAUGAGCGCGGCCUUCAAGCAUGAAUCUAUAGCCGAAUACGAGGAAGCUUUCAUGCAGUACAAACUGGGAAUAUCGUGUCUUAUAAAUGGCGUGCAGUUUGAUCCCGAUAGUACAAGGGUACCAAGUAUAAAGGAUAAAAUAUCAAAGUAUUUAGUACGAGCUGAACAAUUAUAUAACAGGCAUUUAAAUUGUAAUAUCUCAAUAGUAAGCAAACCGGUAUCAGAGCUUCAAUAUUAUAAAGUACUUAAAGUAAUAAAGUUGGUGAUGCUCGUGAUGGAUAUCCGUGCGAAUUGUAACAGGAUAAUAAAAACUGUAGAAAGAUCUUCUGUUCACGAGGAUAAUAUAAGUGAUUAUAUAUUACGUGGGCAGGUACCAUGCAUGGUACAUUUAUACGCAUGCAUUGAAACUGAGACAACUAUAUUUCUGAUUCUGCAAUAUGCAAGUUGUGGAAAACUAUGGGAUUUUGUAAGACUACAUUACGAAGCAUCUGACUAUUUGCAUACUGAUGUGAUUUCAAAUCAUGUAUGUACAAAUAAACAUAUUAAUCAGGAUCUCCAUAACAAUGAAAGUAUUCACGAACCGAAUAAAGCAGAAGAAGUUGUAGAAAAUAAUAAACGGGGAAAGGAUCAUCAAUAUUCUAUAGAUGUCCUAAAUGAAAUCUAUAUGGAGGUGCCUACUGUACAAUUGUUAGAAAAAUCGCAAAAAUUGUUACAAUCCGUUAAUGCGACAUUGAGACAAAGCAAUUCCGUCGCAAAUCGGUUAAAUGAAUUUAAGGGAUCGAGACAUUCGAAAGAUGCACCAUCGAUGGACGCGAAAGCUAGAGUAUUUCAAGAAUCAGACUGUACAUUAUCUGAUAUUUAUUGCAAUAAGUCACCAAAUAAUAUUAAGAUAGAUGAUAUUAGUGUCGCUGAGAAUCUCUCAAUGAAAAGUUUCGCGGAGGACGAAGAUUCGAAAGGCGCUAAUUCUUUAUCGAUAAGCAAUAGCGAGAAUUCGAAUAUAUCGAAGAAUAUUCGCGAGUCUGUAUUAAAUGAAGAUUGCACAAUCCAUAAUUCACUUGCAAAUAAAGUCAAUGAUUCAUUUUAUAACAACUCUACUUCGAAUACUGUUUCAAUACAAAAUGUCUUGACCGAUAAUAUAAUAUACAUCUGUAAAAAUAAUAAUAUUAAAGAUACGAUCGAUCGGACAAUUUCGUCGAACGUUAACUCUAGUCUUGAUGAAAUACAAUAUUCGCAUUCGUGUAAAGAAAAUACUAUGGAUGAAGAAAAGAUACUUUGGAAAAUACCUGAAGCUGUAAUUCGAUCGUGGGCGGCUGAAAUACUUUUAGCUCUGGAGGCACUUCAUCAACAGAACGUCUUGAUUCUCGAUUUUAAACCUGAUAAUAUUCUUCUCGACGACGCAGGACAUGUGCGGCUCACUUAUAUUGUACCGCAACGCAAUGUGGAAUUGUCGAAGCUAACUCAUCCAUAUUCGUCGCCCGAAUCCACAAUGUAUUCUCCGACUAUUCUCGUUACAUCCGCUACAGACAUUUGGAGUUUUGGAGUUAUUUUGUAUGAACUACUUACUGGCAUUGCGUUUAUCGUCAAACAUCCGGGAUUAUUUCACUCACAUUCCACAGUUAACAUUCCUGGCAAGCUAUCAGAAAAUGCAAGAUCUUUGUUAUAUGGCAUACUGAAAUAUCAUCCGGAUGAACGAUUGACAAUAGAUGAAAUAAAACGUCAUCCGUUUUUCGCGGGAAUUGAUUGGUCCACUAUGGAUAAUUCUCAAACGUAAUACUUAUAUUAUUAGACAGUAAAUAAAUUUCGCAUAAUUGUUAAUAAAAUGUUGAAUAUGUAUCUAUUAUUAUAAAGAAGAUAUAAAUUCAUUUAUAUAUAAAAACUUUAUUUUAAUGUAAUACAAAUAAGUAGUUCUAAAAACAAAAAUAAAAAAUUAAUUUGAUCAAA